AUUCCUUGCAACAGGAGAUUCCUUUGCAACUAUUGGGUUCAACUACCGUGUGGGAAACUCAACUGCUGGAAAGAUUGUGGAUGACGUCUCACAGGCCAUUUGGGAUUUGCUGCAGCCUGAAUACAUGCCAGAGCCAACAACAGAUGACUGGAAAGCCAUAUCAGAGGGUUUCAAAACCAAAUGGAAUUUCCCAAACUGCAUUGGUGCACUAGAUGGGAAACAUGUUGUGCUACAAGCUCCUCCAUCCUCUGGCUCCAAAUACUUCAACUACAAAGGCUCACAUUCUAUUGUACUUUUAACUCUAGUUGAUGCUACUUACAUGUUUAGAGUCAUUGAUGUGGGAGGAUACAGGAGGACCAGUGAUGGGGGCAUCUUCUCAGAGUCUCCACUUGGAAAACGUCUGAGGGCAGGCAUACAGGGCAUACCAGAAGACACCACAAUACAAGGUGCAGAGGACCUGGGGCCAAUGCCACAUGUACUUGUGGCAGAUGAAGCUUUCCCCCUUCAACGACACAUCAUGAGGCCAUAUCCAGGGAGACAGCUACAAAGAAAAGAGAGGUGCUUCAACUACCGCUUGUCUCGUGCCAGGAGAAUAGUUGAAAACGCUUUUGGCAUCCUAUCUACCCAGUGACGAAUGUAUCGCCGUGCUCUGAGUAUCUGCCCAGGGAAAGCUGAUUAUGUUGUGAAGGCAACAUGUGUUCUUCAUAAUUACAUGUGGCAAAAUGGAGAAAUGGAGCGAGGGAUUCUACAGUUACCACCCACUGACAACACAAGAGAUGCUGGUUUGGAGGCCAUCACCCAGACUGGCUCCAACAACUCAAACAGAGAGGCAGCUUCAAUCAGAAAAAAAUACUGUGAAUAUUUCAACUCGACAGCUGGAGAGGUGCCAUGGCAACAUCAAAUAUUAUAGAUGGGUUUCAAGGGCUCGACACACGGGCAGCGACAAACUACAGUGAUUAACGGCUGUCAUCGCAGCCAGGGUGAA